AUGGCUCAAGUUAAGGCUGAAUAUGACUUCGAGGCUCAUCCUAACUCGGGUGAGAUGAGCAUCACAGUUGGUGAAAUUCUGACGGUUAUCAAAGAGGUAAAUCCUUCUUCCCGUCUAAUAGAGAAAUUCAAAAAAUGAUGCUCGAAAAGUUGUCUUUUUAACGCCGUGGAAUAAGGUGGAAGAAAUAAUAUAAACACACAAAAGCACCCCUGAAUAUAACUCAAUGUGCAGCGUAAUGGUUCUAUUUCAGAAUAUUGACGGGGGCUGGAUGGAAGGCCGGAAUGCUCGUGGCUCAGUCGGCCUCUUCCCCGAAACUUAUGUCACCCCAUAUCAAGCAGCUCGGCCGCCACCGGUAACCCGUUUUUCCCUUUUCCCUUUCCCGACUCAAUCUAUUCUUGGAAGAAACCAGCCUGAUUGUGAACUGAUUGUGUUUUCCGAAUUUUCCAAAUUGGACAUGUGCCCAGAUGAAACACAUCAAAAUAAUUGGAAUUCGAAAUUAGAAAAGAAACGUUAAUUUUCUAGUGCUUUUCUGAGCUUCAAUAGUACAUGUUUCCAUUAAACAUACUCGAAUUCAUCUCGGGUAUCACAGAAUUUCUGCUGCAUAAUUUGAUCUUUAAGUAGACUUAAACUAACGAAGAGAAACGUUAGAACAAAAACUAGUUUGAAUUUGGCGCCGUCCCCAGGGACCUGUCGGAUUGUCGGUAAGCAGCUCCGACUCAUUUCGCUCCACCUUCUUUCGUUAUUUCAUUUUCUGUCUCCAAGAAGAGAACAAUCGCCCGGCUUGCCAGUGCUCAAUAACCACUAUUCCCGCGUUUUUCUUAAUUGACGACAUGCUGUUCACAUCUAGUCUUCGAAAAGCAGUAGAAAUGUAUCCUUCUCAAUCCGGAGGGAAUCAGACUUCCGAUGAACAUCGUCUUCUUGACAGACGAAGAAAACAAAUGAUUCGUCGUCAUACUUGUAGUACUCUUAUUAAGCAAGAAAUAUCUACUCAUAAACCGAAGGCCAUCGCGGCUCUGAUAGAAGAAGAUACCACAUCUGAAGCCUCAAAAUCGGACAGCCUUAUGUCGAUUAAAAACGUAGGGCUGUGUGUUGAUACUCUUUCGGCAUACACAGUGAUAAUAAGAACAUUUCAGACAUUGCCUCCGCCAGUAUCUACAGCAUCUAGCUCCGUUCCGCCUCUUCCUUGUCCACUCGAUGAUUGGGGAGCAGAAUCGUUCACAUCACCAGCAUAUCCAGUUUCCAGCACCCAACAUCAGCCAGUCCAGCCUCUAGUCCCAGCUACAAGUGCAGCGUACACGAAGAAUACACAGAACGACGAUUUUGAUGAUGAAUGGACAGAUGAAGAUGAAGAACAACAGGUGAGAAAGCAAUUGAUUGCAUGUAUAAAUUAGAUUCGGAGUUCUAUGAAUUUUCGCCGACGCAACUGACUAUUAGUAUUCUGCGUGUAUCGAUGCUUCCUUUUAUUCUCUAUCGCUUGUAAUUGUUCGGCUCUUUGACGCUUUAGAAAAGACUAGCUCAAGGGAAACUGAGUUGUCGCAACAUGGCUUCCGGACAUGCUCCCUCUUCGCAAUCCUUUUCGACAUCUCAUUGUCCUAAUCUUGAGAAUUUCCAACACAACUUAUAUUGAUGCUCUGCUAUCGCAGCAACUAGUCAUCUAUUUAUUCUAUGUCUUCAGUCCAACCUAUUCCCUGAUUUUCAGAAUGUUAUUCGCUCGUGGUCGCUCGGCUAGUUUCAUUACAUUAGACUAUCUUCAAAUCAAUCAAAAUCCUUUUCAAAAUGUAACUACAGCUUACUUUUUUUUUUGAAAAAUAUGCACGGCCCGGCUUUUCAUACAUCAUAGGACUUUCGGUUUUUUUCAAUAUAUCUCCAGAAAUCGAACACAGGGACCUCUGAUUUUUUUUAUAAGAGUUCAUUUUUACUGGGUUCUUCAAAAUGAGCCAGGUUUGGGGUAGAUGUAAAGUUUCUGAGAGAAGUUACAGCUUCACAAUUUCCACUCCUACGUAUGCUUUCUCUGGGAACUCGAUCGCAAGCUAAUUAGAAAACUUUGAAAUCUAAUACGAACUCGUUUGAAAUAGAAUUUGCUUCAACUAGAUUGCAAAAUCUUCUUAUUAGAUUACAAUCACUGCAAUUUUUCUAAUUAGAUUGCAAUGUUUUCUAAUAAGAUUGCAAUUUUUUCUUAUUAGAUUGCAAUUCAGGAAAAAUAUAUUGUAAUCUAAUACGAUUUUACUGGAACUUCAAUUAAAUCUGAUUAGAUUGCGAAAUAUAGCGUUUUCUUAUUAGAUUGCAAACUCUUCUAAUUAGAUUGCAAUCGAGUUUCCAGAGUUGCCGGCCCGUGAUAUGUAGAACGCUUCCCUUUAUGCUACCGCGAGAAUUGAUUAAACAAGUAUUCAUGAUAAAAAAUCAAUAAGACAAAACUAUGCUAAGCAGUAGAAAUGGUCUCUUUUUCUGGAAGCGCUCUCGUACGAGAUUCGUCGACUGAUUGCGUCUAUUCAGCGUAUUUCGAGAAGCGUUGGUCCAUUUUUGAGCGUGUGCGCUUCCUCUCAAAAACGAUCGUAGACUUUGUUAGAUACACUAUAUGAACUGAUAUUUGAGAGAUCUAGAUGCAUCGUUUGCGACAAUCAGAUGCUGAUGUUUAUUUUUACCAUAAGCCUAUCCCAAUCGCUGAAAUUCGAGGAGUUCAUCGCGCUAGUGUAUCUUUUUCUCCAUCAUGGGUCAGUUAUGCCGUGUCCAAAGUCACAAAAAUCUACGAAAUCUGUAAUGCUUUUUCGCUGUUCAAAGUCGGCAGAGAUUUGCUUGAAAAACGGGGUGCGCACAGCUGAACGAAGGUGACCGUACACCAUGAAACUACGGUGUUUUUCAAGAAAAUCUCUGCCGACUUUGGACAGUGAAAGCACUACAGAUUUCGUAGAUUUUUGUGACUUUGGACACGGCAUUAAGUUUAGUUCACAUUGUCUAGAAAUUCCGCCCCGUAUUCUCUCGUUUAUUGUUCUCUCAAGGAACAUCGUUUGUCUGUUCACGAUCCGUCUUCUCUGGCAAUGCACAAUCUGGCGCAAAGGGCUAGUGGAUCACGAACGGAUAUGUCGACUGAUGAUGAGACUCGAAGCAGUCAGCAAGGUUUUCGUUUCCGCAGUUAUAUUCAGUGUUCACGCGUAUUUACAGAAGGAUCGAAUAAACUCAAUGGGAGCGAAGGCUCAAAAAGAUUUAGUAGGCAAGAAAGUAUGCGCAGAAAAAAGUCCAGAGGAGAACGGGACUCCCGAAAACGUAUUGAGAAGUCAGCUACUGGUGUGGGUAUUCAUCGUGACGUUCAUAUUAAGGUUAGAAAUGGGUAUCAUGACAGUUGUAUGUUCCGAACUUUACCAUUGUGCAUCCGUUUGCGUGUUCCGUGAUGAACAAAUGUUAAUUUUUAAAUGUCCACAUUUGUCUUAUCUGUUCGUAAACAGUUGAAUUAUAAUUUAAUAAUUACAGGAGCCCUCAAAAACCGCCACAGCAUCUUUCGGUUCCAGUUCCAGAAGAGAUCUCAGCCGCAGUCAUUCGGAACACGGAAGUGAUCGUGGAUCUAGCAAGGUCAACAAAAACAUCAACAGAUUCUCAAACUUCGUGAAAUCUGGUGUGGAAGCCUACGUGAUAGGAGAGUGCAAAAACUCAACCCCAAUUACUGAGAGACAUGAAGUGGUGAUGCAACAUGGAAUCAUCCAGUGGAAACCAAUUCAGCAAUACUAUCACUGCAUUGUAGACAAACCAAAGAAAGAGUCGAAACUAAAAGGGUUGAAGAGCUUUAUCGCCUACUCGAUAACUUCGAGUUUGACAAACAUCCAGGUAAAUGAAAUGACUAACUUUACGUCUCCAACGUCUUCAGUGUCAGGUGUCUCGUCGCUAUAAGCACUUCGAUUGGCUUCACGAACAGCUCUCUGCCAAAUACGUUCUCAUUCCAAUUCCACCACUACCGGAAAAGCAAGUGGCUGGCCGAUAUGAAGAGGAUCUGAUUGAUCACCGCAAGCAUAUUCUGCAACUGUGGGUGAAUAAGAUUUGCCGCCAUCCAGUGCUUAGCAAAUCCGAGGCAAGUAAAAUAUGUCAGACAAUACUCACUUUGCUAACUUUAAGGUCUGGCUUCACUUCAUCAGUUGCACAGAUGAGAAAGAUUGGAAGACUGGAAAGCGUCGGGCUGAAAAAGACGAGUAUAUCGGUGGAAGCUUCCUGAACUGCAUCACUGUUCCACAGCAGCAGUUGGAUCCGAACAAUAUGUACUUUUUAAAAAUUUUGAAGCAAUCAAAAAUUUUGAAGCAAUUUUGCUUUCUUCCAGUGAUCUUCAAGUGGAACGAUUCCAGCGCAGUGUCAAAACUUCGGAAGAAGCAAUGCGUGUCAUGCAAGAAAGAAUGAACAUGUUUCAGAAAGUGUUUUCCGGACGUAAGAUUGAUAAAGCCUUAUUGUUUCACUUCAAAAAAAGCAGCAAAGAUUUUUCUGUUUUCCAGCAGUCAAACAGAAUUGGCAGAAAAUGGGAAUCGCUUUCAAAACUCUCCAGCAAUCAUUUGAAAUCGACGAGACCGCUGGUGGGAAAUUAACUGGAAAAAUUAACAUGCUGAACAUUUAUUUUUCAGCGAGUCGACGAUUGACAGAUGCUCUGGCACACACCGCUUCGGAAUAUCACGAAAUCGGACAAGUUUUCGAUGCUCACACUAAAAACGACAUGGAGCCUGUAUUAGAGAAUCUGUACUCGUACAAAGGAACCGUGCAGAACGUUCCUGACAUAAUUCAUGUGCAUAAGGUAUAGACAUAAUGGUUUCGAUACUGCAUUCAUUUAUUUUCAGCAAGCCAUUCAAAAGUUCCGUGACAGCGAAGGAAGACUCGCGUCUUCCGAAGCCGAGAAAAUGAAGCAACGUCUCGACGCGAUGAGCUAUGCUGUUAUUGCUGAAAUUCAGCAUCAGACUCAGGAGAAGGUUGAAGAUCUGAAAUCAACUAUGGGGACCUAUCUGAAGCGGCAAGCCACUUUCUAUCAAGAUGUUGCCAACAAGCUCUCGACUCUUUCGGCUAGAUACGAGUCUUAA